GGCCAGCAAAAGCCUUCAUCUUUGCCAUCUCACCUUCCAUCUUACUAUCUCUUCAUAAAUAUCUACCAGGAUUUUUAAGAAAAAAAUCGUAGAUUCAGUCUCUAUCUUCAACAUGAAGUCUACCUACUUUCUCUCUGGGGCAGCUAUUGUUUCAGCCGUAUCAGCGUUGGCUACUCCACAACUGCCUGUCGAAAAACGAGGUAAUAAAUACUUCCCCUUCGCAAAAUUUAUGACUAACACUCCAUAGCUGGAGCCGACGGCCUUCCUUCCGGCGGAAUAGUUUCGAAUGGUGUAGCCUUUGGCUUCCUUCCAUCGGAUGGCUAUCAGGUGACUUCUCCAGCCUAUACCAUGGCUCAAAUAAACAGCAAGCUCGGUGGAAAAGCAAGUACUUAUGGCUGGUACGCGCAAAUAACAUCUAGCACAUUCGAUGGAUCUCAGCUCCUCGAACGUCUUGAUGAUGUCGUUGCGUCUGGUGCUGUAUUUCAGCCAGCGGUUAUGCCAUCUAUUCCAUUUAAUGAAGUAACCAGCAGUGUAGCCAGUCAGGUUGCAAGUGUGUUGGAACAGUUCACUGCGAAGAAUGUGGAGGUUUGGUUGAGAUUCGGUCAUGAGAUGAACUACUAUGUCGUAAGCAUUGAUUAUAUUGAGCCUUACCGUCCUCUCAAUUAACAUUUGACUAGACCAGUGGUACAUACCAUGGAACAGGCGGCGAGUUCAUCACAGCUUGGAAGAAUAUCCAUGCAGCUGUUUCCAGCAAUCCCAGGAUCAAAAUGUACUGGUCUCCCAAUGUAGACACGUCAGAUGCGCCAGUUGCACCAUAUUGGCCCGGAGCAUCCUAUGUUGAUAUCGUAGGUAUCGAUUGCUAUCCCUCCUCAGAUUCGGCUCUCUCCUCCUCCGCUUUUUCAAACUGCUACAGUAACUUCUACAAAACCUACUCCGCCGCAUACAACAUCCCAUUUGCCAUCGGUGAGACAGGAUAUGCUGGAUCUUCUGGAAAUGCUGCAUGGCUUAGUCAGUUGGUAAAUCAAAACAUGUGCGAUUAUCCAAAUUACAUCGCUGCAUCAUGGUUCGAGUACAACAAAGAAGCGGACUUUUUGAUUGUGGAGGGAAGUUCAUCAAUUCUGUCUUCCACCCAGAAUCUACUUUUGCAUAACACGAAGAAAGGUUGCAGCUCUGGUAAGAUAUCUCUUGGGAUCCCGCCUCGAGAAUAGAAUACUAAUUUGGAAUAUAGGUGGAUCGCCACCUUCUACUACUCCCAAGAGUACAGCACCAACGACCACUAAACCUGCCAGCCCAACAGGAACCUGUACUUGGGGCUGCGAAGGAUGGGACUGUAGUUCAAGCAGCCCUUGCAGUGGAGGUCGCACCUGCCAGAGUGGUAUUUGCCAUCAGCCAACCUGUACUUGGGGCUGUGAAGGAUGGGACUGUAGCUCAAGCAGCCCUUGCAGUGAAGGUCGCACCUGCCAGAGUGGUAUUUGCCAUCAGCCAACCUGUACUUGGGGCUGCGAAGGAUGGGACUGUAGCUCAAGCAGUCCUUGCAGUGGAGACCUCACUUGCCAGAGUGGCUACUGUCAUUAGACGGAUACCUUCCGAUGAUCAUAAAUGGCACCGUUUCCAUCGAAUAUUUAGUAUCACUAGAAUCUAGGUUUCUUUGCAUUAAUAGAUAAAUAAAAACUGUGCAACCUUCA